AUAUAUAUAUAUAAUUAAAUCUAUAUCUUACAAAUUAUUUUUUAAUUUCUAUCAGUACAAGGCACUGUUUACUUUUGUAAAGGGUAUUGUGCACAACGGAACUUUAACCCUUCAAAAUAAGAGUCUCAAGAAAUCACUCGUUCCUCAUAAACAACUAAAGUUUUUAAACUAAGUUAGCCUCAAAAUCCAGUUGUCAGAUAAUAAUGAGAGAACACGUUUAACAAAACAAUAUUUAAGCCUAAGGUCUUUUGAGAUGCGUGCUUUAUGUUUCAGACUCUUAUUGUGAAAAGUUAUGCGUUCCAAUCCAGACGCUUUCUGCGCUGCUGCGCUGCUGCUUGUGGUCUCCGUUAGGGGGCGUGGCUUAUAUAAAGGGCUCAGUGACGUCAUACACACAGUAUUAAAGAGCGUCUCCUAGAGAACACAUCUCAGAAGAGAAGGGGUCUUACAUUCGCCGAUAGCUUAUCUGCACACAUAUUAAUCAUUCUUAAGACAUUUAAAUCACAGAAAAAGCCUCAAUGGAGACCAUAAUUUACCAGGAAGACAUAAACUGGCUGAACAACCUUUUGACCGCAGAAAACCAUGAGCGAUGCCAAGAUGCCAAGGUAUAUUUUUCUGAAACUAUCAAGAAAAUGAGUCGAGCGUCACAAGUGGUCAUUAAGGCUUUUGAGGACGAACAAAAGUCCCACAAUGAAACCAAGAAAAAUUAUGAGCAGACUAUUGAAACACUGAAAGAGAAAGACUGUCUCAUAAUUUCUCUUCAGGAAGGCAUCGCGACAGCAGAAGCGAAAGUUUUAGCCGCUGAAAAACGGGCAAACGAUUACAAACAGAUGUUUCUUGAAGAACAAACGGCUCAUCAUGAAGUGAGAAGAUCUUACAAGGAAACAGUGAACACUUUGAUUGAAACCGACGAUUGUCUGAAGGUUUCAUUGAAGGAACUAGAAAAAGAGAAAGCAUCUCAUGCUAAGACGCGGGAAACACAACAAAAUAUUAUUCUCACUAUUCAGGCACAGCACGACGCAAUCCGUCUUCAAACGAUUAAGGCUGCCCAGGAGAUGGGACGGCAGUUUGAACAAAAAAUACGUCAAUUAGAAGAGAAUCUGGAGCAGAAAGACGUUUUGUAUCAAAGCCUCGAUGAUAGAUAUAGAGCUGAGCUUUCAGAUGUCAAACAGCUGAUGGAAAAUUUAAACCAGGAGUUAGAAGAGGAAAAACAAAUUCGUAAAGAAAGAGAAGACAUUAUUUUUACUAUUCAGGCAGAGAAAGAAGAUCUCUGUUCCCAAAUGCAGCAGCAGACAUCUGAUUUGAACAAAUUGUACGACGAAACAACGAGAAAUUUUAUGAGGCAACUCGAGGAGAAAGACGUUUUGUAUCAAAGCCUCGAACAAAAGUGUGAAACUCAGCUUUCAGAGCGCCAUCAGCUGAUUGAGAGUUUGAAGCAUGAGUUGGACACAAAACGUCAACAACAUUUCGACGCACUCCAGGAAAUUCAGGCACAGCGCGACGCGACCCGUCUUCAAACGAUUAAGGCUGCCCAGGAGAUGGGACGGCAGUUCGAACAAAAAAUACGUCAAUUAGAAGAGAAUCUGGAGCAGAAAGACGUUUUGUAUCAAAGCCUCGACGAUAAGUAUAGAGCUGAGCUUUCAGAGAGCCGUCAGCAAGUAGAACAUUUACACCGGGAAUUAGAGAAGGAAGCGAAAGUUUUAGCCGCUGAAAAACGGGCAAACGAUUACAAACAGAUGUUUCUUGAAGAACAAACGGCUCAUCAUGAAGUGAGAAGAUCUUACAAGGAAACAGUGAACACUUUGAUUGAAACCGACGAUUGUCUGAAGGUUUCAUUGAAGGAACUAGAAAAAGAGAAAGCAUCUCAUGCUAAGACGCGGGAAACACAACAAAAUAUUAUUCUCACUAUUCAGGCACAGCACGACGCAAUCCGUCUUCAAACGAUUAAGGCUGCCCAGGAGAUGGGACGGCAGUUUGAACAAAAAAUACGUCAAUUAGAAGAGAAUCUGGAGCAGAAAGACGUUUUGUAUCAAAACCUCGAACAAAAGUGUGAAACUCAGCUUUCAGAGCGCCAUCAGCUGAUUGAGAGUUUGAAGCAUGAGUUGGACACAAAACGUCAACAACAUUUCGACGCACUCCAGGAAAUUCAGGCACAGCGCGACGCGACCCGUCUUCAAACGAUUAAGGCUGCCCAGGAGCUGGGACGGCAGUUCGAACAAAAAAUACGUCAAUUAGAAGAGAAUCUGGAGCAGAAAGACGUUUUGUAUCAAAGCCUCGACAAUAAGUAUAGAGCUGAGCUUUCAGAGAGCCGUCAGCAAGUAGAACAUUUACACCGGGAAUUAGAGAAGGAAGCGAAAGCUCGUAAAGAAAACGAGGAAAUGAUUAGGAUUGUUCAGGAUGAAAAGGUAGAGCUUUAUAAUCAGAUGGAGGACAAAGCACGAGCUAUGGAAAGACAGUUUGAAACAGAAAAGAGGAAUUUUAUGAAAGAUCUGGAGGAGAGAGAGGCUUCUUGUCAGGACCUCGAGAAAAAGUAUAAAACUGAGGUUUUUAAUAGUAAACGGCAGAUAGAAAGUUUACAACAGGAGAUGGAAAAAGAACGUGAGGAAGCAGCACAAACUAUUUUAACUAUUCAGUCUGAAAAAGAGGCGCUUAGAGUCCAGAUGGAACAGCAGUUAGACGUAGAGAAGAGCAAACUUCAGGAAGAACUGAACAAAGGAGAAGGUUUAUACCGGGACCUUAGAAAAAAGUAUAUGGAGCUGUUCUUUGUAGCAGCACAUCUAUAGAUGCCACGCGUCAGCCUGAGGAAGUCUGCAGCCGCGGACGAAACGUAGCGGAAAAACAGGUAACGAAACUGUUUCUGUGUUUUAAACAAAGAACGACAGCAUGGGGUUAUAGAUACCACGUUCUGCAGUGGAUGCACACACGUUCUCACUUAGGUCGAGUCCGAUAUGCUCCCACGGCUGAGUCUAAAUGCUCAUUUCUUAAAUUUAGUUGGUUUAUUAUAGUUUUUAGAUGCAUUUUUAGUUCAUUAGUGAUAAGAUCAAUAAUCAAACUGUUAGUUUUUAGUUUGUUUUUAGAUAAUUACAAAAUAAGAGAACUUCCAUCAAGGGUGACUAAAUCACGCCCCUUCCCUGACACACAUCACCACCUAGUCGUCUGUAAAUUUAAAAAAAUGACCACACAAGGAUUACGUCACAGAAAACACACCUCCACAUCAUUUCUGUGUGUCCUUGUGCUGCGUGGGGGUUUUCUCUGGGAGCUCCAGUUCACCCCCGACCCAAAAUCCUAACUUAUUGUUACCCUGGUGGAUCUGCUCAGCUUUUCAGCAAUCAACAUUCAAACUGUAUUUUGGAAAGAGAUGCAUUUAUCUAGUUACUGCUGGCUCUAAUAUUAAUUAAGGGACCUGCCAGCAUCUGACAGAGCCCUUAUAUUCUUCACUGGAGCAGCGUGCUCCCCCAUAACCAACAGUUUAGCAAUCCAAUUCAAAAAUCUUUCCUCAUGCCUCUGACAUAUUUUCAGAGCUUUGAUCGUCGUUACAAUUCAAAUAUAAAUUCAUUUUUAAGUCAAAUUUGGCCUGUUUUCCCAAACAGCAGGCUUCCCACCAUAGGUUUGGUGGGUUUCAGCUGGGAGCUGACGUGUGAGGACUCCCUCCCACCCAAACUACUAGCUGGGGCCCUUCCUGUGCUGGCGCCAUUUAUUCUGGAAAUUGUCAACAGCAGCCUUUCGACUGGAGUGAUUCCAGCCACCUUCAAAAAUGCAGUCGUGCAUCCACUACUGAAAAAACCUGGCCCAGAUCAUAAUGACCUUUCUAAUCAUCGUCCGAUUUCCAAACCCCCAUUUUUAUCCAAGAUUAUUGAGAAAGUAGUCCACACUCAGCUUUCCAAUUACUUGGGAGAUCAAAGCCUCCUUGACCACUUUUAGUCUGGCUUUAGGCCUCACCACAGCACAGAAACUGCACACCUUCGUGUAUUAAAUGAUAUCCUGGUGGCAACUGAUACUGGUUCCCAUGUCCUGUUACUCCUGGACCUCUGCUGCCUUCGACACAGUGGACCAUGACAUCCUACUUAGGAGGCUGGAGUUGUGGGUGGGGGUGAAAGGGACCCCACUUCACUGGUUCAGGUCCUAUUUGUCAGAUAGGCAAUUUAGUGUUCACAUUGACACAUUUUCCUCUCCAUCGACCCCACUUCGCCGGGGUGUGCCUCAGGGUUCGAUUCUGGGGCCACUCCUGUUCUCGAUUUACUUACUGCCAUUGGGGAUGAUUUUAGCAAACCUUGGAAUAAGUUAUCACCUUUACGCUGACGACUGCCAGAUUUAUUUGGAAUGGUCAAGCCCCUGUUUAUCUGUCAGAACUGCUUAAGCCUUAUGCUCCAACCAGAAACCUGAGAUCGACAGAUCUCUUGCUUUUGUGCAUCCCAAUAAUGAGGUAUAAAUCUCGUGGGGAGCGGGCCUUUGCAUUCGCUGCUCCUAAACUUUGGAAUGCUCUCCCCCUUAGUGUUCGACAGGCCCCAGAACUGGGUCGGUUCAAGUCUGUACUGAAGGCCUACUUCUAUCAUUUAGCUUUUGAUCAAUGACCAAGCUUUUAUUAUUUGUAUGUUUUUAUUGUGACUGUUUUUAACUCUAGUAUGUUUCUUUUAAAUUUUUAGGUUAUUCCUUUUAUCUCCUAUAUGAUUUUUAUCUUGUUUUUAUCUUGGGGUUUCUCCUUUUUAUCACUACUGUACAGCAUUUUGGUCAGCUGUCAUGCUGUUUUUAAAUGUGCUUUAUAAAUAAACCUGGUAUGGUGUCCCAGCAGAGACCUGAUGUGUGUCCCAGCUGGGAGCUGAUUCGUGACUCAGGCUCAGUUGAUCGAACUCUGACGAUUAAGAGGCCCACACAGGUGUCUUCAGCUAUAUGAUAUCAUCCUUUGAUGAUGUCAGAAUUAUUUAAUAAAUUAAUUAAAUUACGUUUAAAACAAUUGUGACAAUGAAUGAAAAGAUUAAAUGGGGAAGAAAAAAUAAAUAAAUAUUUAUAUAUAAACAAAAUUAAAAAAACAAUUAAUUAAACAAAACACAAAAAACGUAUUGUCAAAAACAAACACACUAUUAAAAUACUAUUUAACUAUUGAACUCAAAUAAUUAAUGAAGAUUUAAAAAUUACUAAUUGACACCCUUGAAUAUAACAAUACUGUGUACUUUUCAUUAAUUGCUAAUCUUUUGAAUUUACUUGAAGUAAAAUGUUCAAAACAGAACUUAUAAAAAAUUUUUGGUUAGCUUUUUUUAAAGAAUUUUUUUCACUCUGCGAUCUUUUAUUAUCCUUAUUUUCCAGAUAAUUUUAGUUUGUUUGCUUUCCCCUUAAUUUAAUGCAACUUUGACUAUUUAUAUAGAAAAAUAAUUAAGGCCUCGAUUGCAAAAACAAUAAAUAACACAUUCAUGUAUCAUUAAAUUACAUAUCAUUUAACAUAAAUGUCAUCAACAAAUUUGCUCCAUUUCAUCUCUGCUUCCUGCGAUGGCUUAUCUACAGAAGUGUAUGCAUUUGCAACCUACAGAUAGGUGAUCACACAUGCAAUAGGAAAGAGUCACAUAGACUUGCUUUGUCCUUCUGUGGAAAAAACUGUUUUGCAGCUUUAGUUUAAUGUGCAAGAUUUCACAGAACAGAUGUGUGGUUUAAAUAUAAGAAAAAAGCCAAACCCAAAAGUGUUUCCUUUAGCAAGUGAAAAGUGCACAAUAAACACAACCUGAUGCAACCAACUGCUUACAAGUUAAAGGCUUUUGGUUUUUCAAGCUGUUUAAAGUCGUGCUGUUUUAAUUUAAAAAUCAAAAUUACAUUUCACUAAAAUAAUAAAAAAAAUAAAUCACCUCCUGAUCUGAAACUUCAUCAAAAUAAUCUAAUAUUAAGAAAUUCGAAAAUAUUAUGUAUGAAGUAGAUUUUUUUUAAAGAAUUCUGAAAGCAUUUGUGUGAGAUUUGGGUGAUUUUCCUUAGUCAGUUAAUUUUUCCCCCCAGCGACAUAAAAGAUAAUCUUAAACUGCCUGCAAUUUAGCACUUGGCCACUAGACGUCACUGUUGGUGACAAUAAGACAGUCGACUAACUAGUAUACUUUAUACUUUGAGCCAAUUCAGAGGAAUUACACUCUAGUUUAACUAGGGGUCUUAUCAUAGACUGUUUUA